AUGCGUCAGAAACUCCAGGCUUUGAUUGAUGAACGCAAGAAAAAGCAGGGCUCGUCGACUCCUAGGAAGCACUUUCGUUUCAAGACUGCUCCGGCCAUGGACUGGCAGGAAGAGUCUCCGAUGGCCAUCGUGACCUCGGCAGCGGAAGGAGCACACGACUCCGCCGCCACCAACGAGACAAACACUGACUCAGAGAUGACGGACAGUUCGACUGAAACUGCGCUCUCUUGCAGCAAAGAUACCGGUGACCUCGAGGCACAGACGAAGAUUCAGACAUGUCUGGCUGAUCCAUGGAUACAAACAACGACAUGGCAGGACAGCUCUAGUAUCUGCAAAAAGAUGGUUCGUUCAAUCUGCAUGUGUACUCUAGAAAUAGCGGACAAUUCUUUAACCUGCAUGUUUUUCUCAUUUUCCUCGUUCUGCAUCCCUGAUAAAGAAUGGUAA